AUGUCUAAACCGUCGGACGAUAACACGGGGACAUAUGGUCUCCAGGAAAUAAACCAAGAAUACGGAGACUCACACGCAAAAUCGGAUUCAUUGGCACACGUACCUGGCGAACUCGAUUGUUCGUCCCGGAUCCGGACUCCCACUCUCGCAAGACCAUGGUGGAUGCUGGGCUUUGAAAAAUGGACCAGCCUUGGUCUUUCGGCCUUUUUCGGUGGUGCUAUUAUGGGAUAUUCCUUGGCCAAAGCCCCUAUGAUGAGUUUUGACGAAUUGCUCAAACGAUUUGUUCCUGGCGAAGGAUAUUGGUUCGAACAGAGGUUUUGGAAGAUCAGCAUAAUGAUACAUAUUUUCGCCAGUCUGCCUUCCAGUUUCUUCUCGGUUGCUUGUUUUCUCCCCAUUACUUGGAAGCGUUGGCCAAGAUUUCACGGGCUCCUUGGAUACGUUGUAUCAAUCCUCCUCGUAAUCAGCUGUGUAGGAGCAGGUAUUGCGGGCAGGCGAGGACAAGGAGGGGAUCUAAAUACACAAUCUGCCUUUUACAUGCUGGCUUCUGGGGCAGCAUGUGCAGUAAUUAUAGGAUGCGUCGAAGCUAGACGUGGGGCGCUUGACGCUCAUCGAGAGUGGAUGAUCCGUGCCUGGUUUUAUAACGGGGCGCUUGUCACAACCAAUAUCACUGCCCUAAUCUCUGCUCAUGUCAUUACUGCAAUCAAUACUUAUUAUUCUUUAUGGAGAUGUGCCGAAGUAGAAUACGUCUUAGAGUCGUCCAACGCUCUCGCUCAAGCUUAUCCUCAAUGCGCAACAUCCAAUGCACUGUCGAACCCACAUAAUAUUUACGUUUCCGUUCAUGCUUCAUGGAGAGAAGGUCGACUGGGUAGAGGAUCAGCCAUACGCGCAAGCUAUGGGAUGGCCCUUUGGAUCGCAAUGAUAUUACAUGGAGUUGGAAUCGAACUCUACCUACGUAUGACCGUUCGUGAAUCAAAGAAAUUACGCGAGCUGUCCGAACAAAAGGGAAUUGCCCCCGAGCAAACGGAAUUGCGGUCACUCCGCAAAACGUCUUGGUAA